GGGCGGGCCGCUGAAGUCACGUCACUUCCGCUUUUGUAGCGGCGUGGGGCGGGGAUAAAAAGGCAAUCCGAGAGGAAGGCAGUGAGAGCAGCGGGCUCCGAGUGGAACAAUGCCGAAAUCAAAAGAACUUGUGUCUUCAAGCUCAUCUGCCAGUGAUUCGGACAGUGAAGUUGACAAAAAGGUGAAAAGGAAAAAACAAGCAGUGCCUGAAAAGCCUGUGAAGAAACAGAAGACUGGUGAAAGCUCCAAAGGUGCUGCCUCCUCCAAGCAAAGUAGCAACAGAGAUGAGAAUAUGUUUCAGAUUGGUAAAAUGAGAUAUGUCAGUGUUCGUGAUUUUAAAGGUAAAGUCCUAAUUGAUAUUAGAGAAUACUGGAUGGAUCAAGAAGGUGAAAUGAAACCUGGCAGAAAAGGUAUCUCUCUAAAUCCAGAACAGUGGAGCCAGUUGAAGGAACAGAUUACUGAUAUUGAUGAAGCAGUAAGAAAACUGUAAAGAUGAGCCAUGCAGAAACUCUACUGUUAUAGGUUUAAGUAGUCUUUUUACAUUGGCAUUCAUUUUCUAAACUAUUUGUUUUCCAAGCUAUUGUAUAUUUGGAUUGCAAAACAAUUUGUAAGAUGAGCGCUUUUUUUAAUGUGCAUUAAAAGUGUAUUCUGGGUGAAGUUA